ACGACCACGGUCAUUUCUACUCAAGCUCCGCGAGUCGUCAUGCGAGUCGCCACCUCGAUCGCGAUUGCCGCAUCGUUCGUACAGGCCCAGGGCGGAAUCGGCUUGGGUCCUCCCGUUCUCCCCGAUGUGCUCUCUACACUUGUUGAAGCGUACAAGCCUCUCUUGACCGACUUUGCCCAGUCACAACUCCCCGCCUCGAUUGGAAACUGCGGCGAAGCAAACCCUCCACUUCCGUGCUCCGAGAUGGGCAACUUGUACGAUACACAGUCGACGUUUUAUCAAGUGCGUGCGCGAUGGGCGUCUGGGAUCAAUUCUAUGCGCUUGACCGAUCUCAAGAUGACGUUUGAUGACGUCGGAGCGAUGUCUCUGGCACUGCAAGUCAACUUUGCGCAGUUGCCUGUGAGUUUGCUCGUCAAGGGCUGCGGUGGGUUUCUCGGGUGCACCACGGUCUUGGACAAUACAAAAUCCUGUUGCGGUUCCGACAAGAACGUUGCCUUGACGGCUACGGCCAAGUGCAGCGAGGCGUACCCAUUCGUCACGGGGUUUGAACUGACGCAGGCCAAAAUCACUCCUGCAAUCAACGUUGAGAUUGAUAUCUUUGGGAAGCCGUUCAAAGUUGCCGACGUGACGCCGUCGAUCGAAUCGGGACUCAAGGACGCGGCUGGCAAGUUUUUGUCUACGAACGGCGUGGACCUGUUGAACGACCAGAUCAAACAGCUUUUUGGCGACAAAAUUUACUGCACGCAGCGGUCGAAAGAUUCCCAGACUACGACGGUGGCCCCGACAACGACCGCCGCCACGACAACGCCGGCGCCACCCGUAAACACGACGUUGCCUCCUGUAAACACGACGUCGCCGUCUACGGACGCGAGCAUCAGCGGCAGCACACCAUCGCCACGUUCGACGACGUUAAAUCCUGCCUCCACGUCCGCAGCGUCCACAGCUUUGGUCGCGUCCUGCGCAGCAGCGGCCGCACUAGUUAUCGCGCGUAUGUGAGGUAGCUAUACGCGCGCCUUUCAAGCCAUUCGAAACAAUUAGCUUUGUCCUCGCCGUGCCAUGGAUGGCAUCCAGCGCGAGAGCCGUUUUCACGAACUUCGAACUUCGACCUGCUGAAUUUUUUGCCAGCAUUUUUCCAAGAUUUUUGUCGCUGGGUUUUCUCUCCCGUUGAGAAUAAUUGUUUCGUAUUAAUACCCUGAAUAUUUCUCCUA